AUGGACGACGCGGCCAGGCCGGCGGCGAACGCGCCCGCGCUGGGUGCGGAAGCAUCGCAGGUCGUCGACGAGGCUACGAUGCGUGCGCUCAACUCGAUGGACUGCAGCUUGCACCUGAUGGACGAGCGCAUGAAGCAGAGCAUCGAGUCGGCGCGGGGCGCGAGUCAGAUGCUGAAGAGGCGGGCUGCGCUCGAGGAGGAGUAUGCGCAGAGCCUGAAGAAGAUCGCGCGCGCGGCCAUGUCAGACUACACGGGCAACGACGUGCGUGCGGGCACGUACGGCACAAGCUGGAUCCACAUGAUCAAGAACCAGGACAUCCUCAGCGAGAACCACUUCCGCUUCGCCAGCAAGCUCACCAACAUCAGCGACGACAUCGCGGGCCUCGUGCAUGACGCCGAACAGCACCGGAAGCAGUCACGCGACUUGGGCUUCCGUCUCGAAAAGAACCUGCUCGAGGCCGAAAGCACCGCGGAUCGGGCGCGCGUGCGUCUCGACAGCGCCAUCGACGACCUCGAUCGCGUUCUGCUCCUCAAGCACGGCGAUCCGCGCGCGAACGACAAGCGCUCGAUCGGCAUGCCCUUCUCCAAGGGCAGCAGCCUGUUCAAGUCCAAGAAUCCCCAGCAAAUCGCCCGCACCGAGGACGAGUGCCGCGCGAAACAAGGCCAUGCGCACGACACGCUGCGGUCCGAGGCGCAGACGGCGCAGGCCAAGCGCCAAGAGUACUUCCAGCAGCAGCUCCCCCAGAUUCUGCGCGCCUACAAAGAGUCGCUCGACGAACUCGAAACAGGCCUGCAGUUCCAGCUCAUGCGCUACGCGUUCUUGUACGAAAACAUCGCGCUCAGCGACGGCUUGUGCGUGAAUCCGCUCGGCGACAAGUCAGCGCCCCCGGGACUGCGAGACGCGGUCGCCUCUAUCAACAACAAGAGCGAUUUCAAAGACUUUAUGCAGAACUACGAGCUCGUAUUCAACAACAAGGAGCACAGGCCGACACCGCACCGCGCCAAUCCCUACGACGAGGCGACACUCGCGCAGUAUCGGCACCAGACGACCUUGAAGCAGGCGCCCAGCGACGUCGACGGCGCGACGCCCGCGGCGCGCCCCGUGUUCGGCGUCGACCUCGAGACGCAAAUGGUACGCGACGGCGUCCAAGUGCCGCCGAUCCUCGAAAUCUGUGCCGAUGCCAUUGAGCGCGUCGGCAUCCGAAACACGGGCAUCUAUCGCUUGUCCGGCACCUCGUCGCGCGUCCAAAAGCUCAAGAACCGCUUCGACUACGACUGGUCGACCGUGGAUGUGAUGGCGAACGAGGCCAUCCAGGAUAUCAACAUCGUAGCGGGCUGCCUCAAGCAGUGGUUCCGUGAGCUGCCCGAGCCGCUGUUCACGUACCCAUUAUACCCAGCCUUUAUCGAGGCAGCCAAGAUCAGCAACGACUUUCUGCGCCAGGUCCGCCUGCACGAGCAAGUCAACAACCUGCCCGACGCCAACUAUGCCACGCUGCGCUUCCUCAUGACGCACCUCGACCGCGUUCGAGCCCACGAGGCUGACAAUCAAAUGUCGGCGCACAACCUCGCGAUCGUGUUUGGGCCCACGCUGCUGCGCUCGCCCCACGAGGCGCAGAUGGCCAGUACCGGCGCCGGUGGUGCCGUGUUCCUCCCCGACAUGGGCCUCCAGUGCAAGGCCGUCGAGACCAUCUUGCUCAAGUACCGCGACAUCUUUGUCGAGGCCGACGAGGCAUGA